AUGCCUGGCUGUGACCAGGAAAAUGAGAGCGCCGAUGACUCGCGUACCGCCGCCGUCGGCCCUCGAUCCAACCAGCGGUCCAAUCGCAUAACGAAACCGUCGUCGCAGUUCGCGAGAGCGCGUCGCUCCGCAAGAAACUCGAGACUUGGCCACCAGAAUCCGCAAGACUUCGUGCCGCAAGGCGCUACAUUUACGACCACGUCGCUGCCCAUCGAUGAAGAAUCUGGCAGCAGCCCAACUCAGUCUUCAGAUACCAGUGAAAGUGACGAUUCGCAGGCUGAGCCAGAACUGACUUUGGUGAAGCCGAUGCCCAAUGAAAGAGCACAGGCGGCAGUUAAUUGGAAUAACGUUGCUAGGGGCGCCAUAAGAACCAGUCUUCGCGGGUCUGGAGCCAUAUCCGCAUCCAUACCAGGCUCCUUCGACACCGUCAAUGGGGCAUUCUGGCAUAGCCGAAGUGCUUCAGUCUCCGACCCGGGAAAUGCCAAUAUGGUUGAAUCAAAACCAAGAGGCCUUGGUAUCCAAAUAUCAAAUGGGAUAAGCGAUAACCAGAGCCACCCUAUCGUGGUAUCUGACGAUUCCGAGCUCGAAACCGAUGCAGAUGCCGACAAUGCUAUCCUACUUAACCUGAGCUCCUCAAAUCAAAACGCCUCAGACAUUAAUGACACUACACAAGAGUUAAGAAUCAAAGGGGCAUCCGAGCCUUUUGCAAAUGGACUUGACGAUCGAGAGCACGAUGCUGUACUAGAUCACCAGCAAACAUCUCUAGAGGCCGCAGCCAUACGUCCACAAAGCAGCAAUGCAAAAGUUGAAGCUGUUGAAACUUUUCAUUCUAGAUAUCCUUCCGCUCCCUAUAUUCUAGGUGACCUGUCAAACGAAGAUCGCGAUAUCCAGUUGCAUUUUAUUUAUUACAACGCGAAUCCUAAAGAUGUCAAUCUCAAUUUACCAAUUAGAUGCACUGAUUGCAUGACGGAGGGACAUCUUGCGGAAGUCUGCCCUUAUAAAGAAGUAAGAAUUCCCUGA